UAAUUUAACCAUUUACACAACAACAAAAAAACCUCCCCACCACUCCGCUGUUAUUUUGUGUUCCAAAGAUUUUCCGGCCAUCGGAGACGAUGAAGUAUUAAUUACAGAAAGGUGGUGCAGAUACGCGAGCUUAUCGGAAAUCUCCCUUUUAAUUCAUUCAGAUACGUGGUUUGAAUUACAAACAAAAAGUCUUUAUGAUGUUCCCAAAUGAGAAAAUCUGAUGUUAUUAUCAGUGGAAGGAGGAGGGUUUUUCUCAUCUUCAGCUUUAGGGUAUAGUAAGGGCCUAACCCUUCUACUCUUGGGUAAAAAGACCAAAGAAACCCCCAUGAGAGUUACACCGUGGAAUCAGUACCAGUUGGUGGACCAAGAAUCCGAUUCCCACCUCCAUCAAUCCGAUUCCGGCCUCCAUCAUUCCGAUUCCGGCCUUCAUCUGGCUUCCAACAAGAACCGUAUUAUCCGCGGCUGCGCUUCCUAUCUCUGCUUUGGUCGCGCAGCCGCUGGACUCGAUAGUCCGUGCCCUUUAAAAGUGGGCCCUACCCACCACCACCACCAAGACCCGCAGGAUCCUCUUAAAAGUCCUGAUUUGGAAAAAGUCAAAGAAAAAGUCAUUCAUUUGGAUGUUGUUGAUGAUGAUGAUGAUGAUAUUAAUGUCAGAAACACAUGCUUGCUUAGAAGCAGCUUGAGGAGACCUGCAAGAACUAUUUCAGUCUCUGUUGCUGUUGAUAAAGAGGGUGAGAAUGAAGGUGAGGGGAAGCAUGUACAAAUACAACAAAAUGAAACAAAUGGUGUGGAUCAUAUUCAUAAACAAAAAGAAAGGAGAGUUCAAUGGACAGAUGUUUCAGGGGGUGAUCUUUUUAUGGUCCGAGAAUUUGAGCCCAGUGAACACAGUGGGUCAGAUGAUGAAUUUGAAAAUGGGAUUGAAAGAAGUUGUUCUUGCAGAUUAAUGUAGUUUCAGUGCCAGAGUUUUUCCCCCAAAACCAGAGACUGCUUCAUAUUUUCUUAACCACCAAUGUUUAUUCACCACUAGUGAUCACAUCUUUCUGUCUAUAUUCCAUUUCUUUUAGAUUUCAGUUUUGUUUUUCUUUUUCUUUCCAAGUUUUUGUGUUGUUUUCAUUUGUUUCAUUGUAAUUAACACCCUUUUGUUCCUUUUUCCCCUAGUUUUGUCGCUGCUUGAUGUUAAUCGAGAUUUUGAGAGUAAAUCGUCUUUCGUCAAUUGCUGUUUGUAUGAUGAAAAUAUUGCGUGUGUUUGAACUUUA